AAGAGGCGAAGCGAGAGGAUUUACUCAGCCCAAAUUGUUACUGCGUGCGAUAAGCCCUUUUUGUAUGGUCUAUGAGAGAGUGCCGAAUUACCAAUGGGGGACUUUCAGCAAUUUGAACAGGGCUUCUACCAGUCAGGGUAUUACAUCGAUGACCAGGGACAGGUGGCCUACGACUAUGGCAAUGGCUAUGACCAUAACCCAGAGUAUGAGGAUGAUGGCAUAGAUGUGUCCAUGCCUGGUGUGUUCACCCCCUCUACGGGCCAGGCCUUCCAGCCUUCAAAGCCUGCUGGGACAUAUCAAUACACAGCUGGAACAGACGGAUCAUUUGAAGAGGAGCCUCCGUUGCUGGAGGAGCUUGGCAUUAAUUUUGAACACAUAUGGCAGAAGACGUUGACAGUGCUGAACCCUAUGAUGCCAGCAGAUGGCAGCAUCAUGAAUGAGACCGACCUGACGGGCCCUAUUCUGUUCUGUAUCGCUCUGGGUGCCACUUUACUUAUGGCAGGCAAAUCCCACUUUAGCUAUGUCUAUGGGAUCAGUGCCAUCGGCUGCAUGGCGAUGUACACCCUGUUGACCCUGCUGAGUUCCCUGACUGUGUCCUAUGGCUGUGUAGCCAGCGUUCUGGGCUACUGCCUCCUACCCAUGGUGGCACUAUCUGCAUUCGCAGUCAUCUUUUCCCUACAAGGGAUCAUUGGAACUAUCCUGGCCUUGCUGGUGAUUGGCUGGUGCAGUUUCUCAGCUUCCAAGAUCUUCAUCUCCACCCUGGCUAUGGAGGGCCAGCAGCUGUUGGUAGCGUACCCCUGUGCCCUGCUUUAUGGAGUCUUUGCCUUGCUAACAGUGUUCUAAAGGCCACUACUGUCGCUGACUGUCAACAGAGAUCACAUUUGAGGCACUACGUAUCCCAUAUGGGUAUCCGUGCGGUAUAUGGGUGUGAAAAUAACAUUGAGUUAUAGUUAUAUAGAGUUGUAUUCCUUUCUUUUUUGAAAUGGGUCCUGGUUUCUUCUUGGGGGUUACUUUACAUUGUGAAAAAUGUAAUCUGGGUGUGUGAUUGGUUGACAUUUGUGCAUUGGAAUGUGCCAAGAAAUGUAAUUUGAAAUGUUACAUUGUGUCAAAAGGCAAUACUGACUUAAAUUUGAAUUAUGGAACCAACAAAGA